CGAAACUAGUGUGAUGUUGCCGCAAGUCGCGGCGGCUGCAACAGCCAUUCCCCGAGUUGUCCGUGCUGGCACCGAGACCGUGUUGCAGCUAGUCCCCACAGAGGUAGACCACCAUGGCUAGUCCACGAACGAGAAGAGUCUUACAAGACCUGAAGCCUCGAGAUUCAAACAAUAAAUGCUUCGAGUGUGGAGCGCACAACCCUCAGUGGGUCAGCGUCACCUAUGGCAUUUGGAUCUGCCUGGAAUGCUCUGGAAAGCACCGGGGCCUGGGCGUACACCUCAGUUUCGUGCGGUCCAUCACGAUGGAUAAGUGGAAAGACCUGGAGCUAGAGAAGAUGCGUGUGGGCGGCAACGACAAGGCGCGUCGCUUCCUCGAGGCCCAGCUGGACUGGGACCCCACCGCGCCCCUUGCCCAGCGCUAUGACUCCAAGGCUGCUGCACUCUACAGGGACAAGAUUGCAACAGAGGCCCAGGGCAAGACGUGGUCAGCCGAGACGUCAUCUGGCCGGCACCACGUGACACGCACAUUCCCCAAGAGCAGUUCAGGUCCAGACCUUAAGCAGAGCUUCGGCACAGGGUCGUCACGUUUCGAUGACUCAGGCAGUCGGCCCGAGGACUGGAGCGGAGGCUAUCAGAGCUUCCCACGUCUCUUUUCACGCUACAACUUCAACUCUGAGCAGAUAGCCUCACACAGGGAUGACUUCUUCUCCCGGGUCCAAGCGAAGAAUGCCACACGGCCAGAAGACUUGCCGCCCAGCCAAGGUGGACGCUACAGUGGGUUUGGCAACACGGUUUCAGAGCCACCACGCAGCCAGUCGCAGGAGUUCUUCGACGGUGCCUGGUCGUCCUUCAGCACGGGAUUUGCCACAAUCGCAGCUGGAGCAACAAAGGUAGCAUCGAAGGCAUCGGAAAACGCUGUCAAGAUUGGUAGCAUAGCAGCUCAGAAGGCAGCUGAGCUCUCUGGUGCCGUCAGCGAAAAGGUGAAAGACGGCACGCUCAUCAAUGACCUGCAGAGCCAGGUCACCACCAUUGGCACCAAGGUGGUGGACGUGAGUCGGCGUGGAGUACAAGACCUUUCGACGCUGUUUGCUCAGAAGGCCACCACGUUGGAGACGGCCGAGGGCGCCCCCAGCGAAAAGUCUUCUCUCCUCUUCGCUUCCUCCUCCUCCCCCACGUCACGUGACAGGAACCAGAAUCCAGAUUGCAGCGACACUCCACUACUUCAGCAGCAUGACCGGCCGUUCAGCCCCGAACGAGAAGAGGACGGCUGGAACUGGUCAGCUGGCAACAGUGGUGCUAGUUCUCCUGCAAAGCCCACAAACCACGAGAACAAUGACAAUUGGAAUGACUGGGAAGCUGGGGAUGCUUGGGAGCCUGUGACGACUGCAUCUUCACCGUCACAGAAGUCGUCUGCAAAGGCAAAGGCAUCUGCAUCCAAGAGUUCGUCUUCGACAAAACAGGGGGGCUCCAGCAAAAGCUCGUCGGCCAAGUCACCCACGUCAAAGCUCUCGCCAACAAAGUCACUCUCGUCCAAGAAGAAGGCCGGCGAUGAGAAGCUCCUCAUCGACUUUGGCGAAGAGUCGUCGGGCAAGGGCGGUGGCUCGUCGGCAAACCACGACUGGGAUUCCGGGUGGGACGACGACAACGGCUGGGAACAGCUGGAUUCAUCGUCUGGCUCCAAAGGGUAUCAGCGUAUCAGCACCAAGGCAGAUUGAUGGCGCGAUUGCACUGUGCUAUACGUUGUCGGUGCAAUGCACUGCCGACGAUGGAUGGUGAAAGGGUAUGCGGGUGUGUGCAAGUCGAUGGAAACGAGUGACAACAUGAUUCUCGUUGUGCCGGUGGUACUGUGCGGCAAUCCUCUGCUGCAAACAACUGGAGUGUGGUGGGGAGGUAGUGAUGUUGUCGUCUGCCAUUGCCGGGACGUCUGUUCAUGAGGUUCAAGCGUGCAUGGUGGUUCCUCAUUGUGGUUGGUCUCUGCAACACGGUUCCCGCCGAACACAUUCGGCUCUAGUUUGCCUAUGUGGCUGUGCAGCACAGGGCAUUUGUUGGGCUGUGCAUAGUAAACUUGGAAUUGUGGUGUCUAUCACUUCGUGGCUAGGUUUUCAAGUUUGUGACCGUGUGGCUGCUUGAAUGGGUUGAUUAUGAAUAUUUUUUUUUAUGAGCAACUGCCCAUAUGAAGGUGAGCAUUCAUGCAGUAACAGUACUCAAAGAAGCUGCCACGAUUCCAUGCUUUUUAAAUUGUCUGUUCUUGCUUCUUUUAAAUUCUUGUUGUGAAGCAGCAAGUUACACUGCAUAUUCUGUGCUGCACUGUUAUUUGUGCUUGCCUCUGCUUGUGGAAGGCCUGCAGCAAGCUUUCGUGUUUCAGCCUAGCCGUAUGACAGCUAAAGCCUACAUACUACUGCUCGUAAUUUAGUUGCUGGAGGACAAAGAUAACUGCAGAUAAUUCUGUAUUGCGAGCAGAUCAGAAUGAGCGCAGCAUAUUUUCAGCUCUGGCGUUCUUAAUUUUGUAAUGCAUUUCUGAAAGUCGACAGCAUUUUUAUAGCUUCUAUAACUGCAACCCAAGCUUGCUUUUGCAAUGCUAAGGUCGAUCGUCUCAAAUGUCUUUCAUUUCAUAUGCCUCCUGAUUUACCAGCUUUUUUUUUUUUUGUUUCUGGCAUGCUGAUUAAAAAUGGUUCCCCUGUCA